AGUGACAAAAAUGCAUGUCUGAGGUUAAAAUAAUUUGAAUUCUCUGUUAUGUUUUGGAAGUGUAACUUAUGGUUACUGGAAGUGUUGUACGUGCGUAAUUUGGCUGUGCGGAGGACAUUUGAAAAAGAGGUCGAACAAGUGUCCAGAUUACGCAGAACAGGAGAUGAUCUCUGUUGGAGGUGAAUGGUUUGCACCUGUCGAUUUGGUUGAAUGAGCUUGGAGAGCUUCUUGGAGAUGAUUGAAGGCGCACUAUUCAUUGUCGGCUCAGCUUUGAUCUGGCAUCUUCCGCUAAAAUGAGCCCACCAGACACGUCCAACAGCACAGCCGAAGGGGAGGAGAGUGAAACCGAUCCCUCAAUUCUCCUCAACAACAGCAUGGAUUUCCAUACACCUGGCUUUCACACUGACAUCACAAAACACCUUGGAGUCCAGAUCACAUUAAUCACAGCAUAUUCUCUCAUCAUUCUGCUGGGGCUGCUGGGGAAUUCUCUUGUCAUCUACAUGAUUAUUCGCUACAGGAACAUGCGAACUGUGACCAAUUUCUUCAUAGCUAACCUGGCGCUGGCAGACCUCCUGGUGAACACUCUCUGUUUGCCCUUCACUCUGAUUUACACUCUGUUGGAUGAGUGGAAGUUUGGGGCUGUGUUGUGCCACAUGGUUCCCUUUGCCCAGGCCUUGAGUGUGCACGUAUCCAUCCUGACUCUGACAGUCAUCGCUUUGGAGCGUUACCGCUGCAUCGUCUUCCACCUUGGUCGGCGCCUGACUUGGCACUCCAGCUUCCUCAUCAUGGCCUUCACCUGGACUACCUCUGCUGUUCUGGCAGCACCCUUGGCCAUCUUCAGAGAGUACCGCCAUGAACAGAUCCUGUCUAUCAAUAUGGAUUUUGCGGUUUGUUCCGAGAAGUGGCCCAAUGGGUCCAGUAGUGAUGGGGUCAUCUACAGCCUCUUCAUGCUGCUCCUACAAUACAUUAUCCCUUUGGCCAUCAUAAGCUACGCUUACAUCUGCAUCUGGGUCAAACUGAAGAACCAUAUCAGCCCGUCCAGCCGCAAUGACAGCAUCAACCGUCGCAAAAAGACCACCAAGAUGUUGGCGCUGGUGGUGGUGGUGUUUGCUAUCUGCUGGCUGCCAUUCCACGUGUUUCAGCUGGCCAGCGAUCUGGACCUGGUGCUAAGGCUAAAAGAGUACAAACUGAUAUACACAGUGUUUCACAUCAUAGCUAUGUGUUCAACUUUUGCCAACCCUUUCCUCUAUGGGUGGAUGAAUAAAAACUACAGGACUGGCUUCCUCAUGGUCUUUCGUUGUGAGGAUAAGCCGGAUUCUUUCCACGCAGAGGGCUCGUUCAGGACUCGCUCAAUAAGAGGUCUGACUCUGAAUGGUCGCAAUGGUGGACAUCCUCCAACUGCUGUGUGAGAUUAGCACCUUUGAAAAAGCCUAUUUAUGACUGAACACAUUGAAAGCACCUUCACGUUAGUGGUGCCUGUGAUUCUAUGUAGUCUUUUGACUUGAAUGGUCUGAGCUUGAGUAUCUUUGUCACUGAAGAGGACUUCAAGGUUUGCAUGCAAAUCGUUUAAUGUAAGGCUUGUCCCUUCUUUGUAAAUGGUACUUGUGAGAAAUCAGUGGUUUAACCUAUUGAAAUAUGUGUUUAAAUGUUUUCUAUGUUGUUAUUUAACUUGCUCAGAUGUAUAAUGUGUUUCCUGUAACUGCAGAAUUAUUGUUGGUAUACGUUUGUUUAAUUAAUCCAAUUACUGCCUUUUGGAUGCAUUCAUUCAGUCUUCAUCUAAAGAAUCCAGAUAAGGCUGUCCAUGAUUUUUUUUUUCCAUCAAAGGAAUCAAUGGCUCCUACCUGUCAA